GGCUUUCGUCCCUAUUUUUUUGAGGAUCUUAUCGUCUUUCUCCUUCAAGAAUUGUUAUUUAAUCGAUUAUAAAUUGAUCAGAAGUCAGAACUCAGAAGAAAGAACAUGUUGGGAUUAACCGAGAGCCGUCCUUCUCGCGGGCAGCGUGAUAAGCGGCUUGCGGCGGAUAGGAACAAGAUAACUCCGCAGGAACCUCUGCGGAGUCCGCGUGGUACUACCGGAAAUCAACAACUUCGGAGUCCACGGGCUACAGUAGGCGAAUAUGGAGGUCAGCUCCGUAGUCCCCAUGAGUCCGGGGGACAAAUUCGGAGUUCCCGUGAUCCCGGACAUCAACUCCGUAGUCCGCGCGACCCUGGGCACCAUCGCAGUCCCCGAGGAGAUCUGCGCAGUCCACGCGACCGGGGAAGGCCUGCACUUGAACAGGGUGGGGAACCAAGGCGAAGUCCCCGCGCUAGUCCUCGUGGUCGUGGUGGGCUAGAUUAUCAAUAUUAGGGCUACAAAGGGGCUUCAGCUUCAUCUUAGUCCUCACAAUUUACUAAUAGAUACUACGAAGAAUGAAUAACAAUUUAAUGUAUAAUCAGAAUACCUGAGCCUCCAAUUCCGAAAGACACCUCUAACAAUACGGGGAUAGCGGUAGCCCAACUGGAGGUGCCGUUGUAGGGGCACCUGUCGCUGCUAGCUCGUCGUACCAUAACACUGCUGCUGGAGGUGGUGGAGGGCAAAAAGGCUACGAGGAAACCCCUACAGUAACCUGCGGCUGCUAUUGGAACGAAGAAGACCCGAGAUCUUGCGUCUGCACGAAAGUUAAGUGAAGUUGGAUGCUAUGUUGGUCUUGGUUUCUCAUUCUCUCCACAGGUGAUUAAGAUUGUUGCCUCAGCUUCGUAAGAAAGAACAAGAGCGAGAUUUGGGAUCUGGCUGUUGUUCCUGAGAAGAAAACGAUUAUUUUUUUAAAUCGUGCCUGCUCCCUGCUCAACUUCCUGAGUACAACUAGGGUUUCGAGAUCGUGAAUUUCGCCCGUUUACAACGGGUUUAGAUUACGAUCACGAGCUCUUGCUCCAGCCCUAUCUCUAACGAAGACGAAUGUGGUAGACCAGGAUGUGCGCCGAACCUCGGAACGCCUACUGGAAAAUUGAUAGGCGCAAUGAUGUGGGGAGCUCCUGUUUUUAUGGUGUGGUCACAGAUUGAGAAAGCAGGAAAGGGGGCACCAUUGCUAAUGGUCGUCGUAAUAGCUAUAUGUAACAAUUCAACAGAGGAUGAACAUGAAAAACAAAAGGAAUAAGCUUUGAAGCGCACAAGAAAGACCGAAAUACCGCCCUUUCCAAACUCUCAAUCAGUAGAACCAUUCAGAACUCGCGCCAUUAUCAUAAACCUGUCGAUGAGGGGUGGCGGAGAGGAAAAAGAAGUAGAAGAGAGGGAGGGACGCGGGCUAUUGCAGCUGGGGAUAAGAAUGCUUUUGGGAUAAAAUGCCACCUGACUGCUCUGAGCACUUUUGCAGGUGCAGCGUAAAAGGAAAGUUAUACGCAAAACAAGAAGUGACAUUUUUGCAGUAUGGUAAUAGAACAAGUGGCUGUGGCGCAGCAGUGUGCCGUGGACCAAAUCAAUGGUGUAUCUUAUCACGACGGCCCACUACACAUCCUUUGAUUUAGUAUUAUGCCACAUUUUGGUAUCCCUAUCCGCAUCCUCCGCAAGUGCUUCUGGAGCCCUGUUAUUUUUUAGCAUGCUAUCAAUGAGAGUCGCAAGUCCGCGAGACAUUCAUUGUGCCUUGAUUUCGGGAGCCAGCGCGCUUAUGAAGUUUGAGGUAGUGCAACAACGUUUUUUUCUCUUUGAAUCGUCGUGCACUGGUUGCUUUACACGCAAAGAAACAUGGGACGAAGCAAGCUACUCACAAAGCCUGAAGCCGCAGCAAGUGGAAGUACGAACCCUCUGCAAGAUUCACCGUGGUGC